GCAAAGGUAACGCAGCGUGGCGGGGACGCGGGAGCGGAGCGCGUGGCCAGCUGACUGGAGGGAAAACGCCGCCUCCCUGCAGCGGUUCCCGGAAUCCCCUCCGGUUCCCUCUCGCUCUCCCCGACUCCUCCUCUUCCUCCUGCCCUCCCUCCGCGUCUUGAGUAUACGGCUAGUGCGCCCUUCCUCUCUCCCGGGGCCGCACCUGCGACCCCAGGACCCCUCCCGGGCCCUGUCCUGCGCCCUCCACGCGUCGCCCCUGCUGGGAGUCCGCUUUCGUUGCACCCCUCCGCGUCCCACCCCACCCCACCAAGGAUGCCCAGGAUACCGGGCACUUGCCACUGCAAGAUAUGUAAAAGUCAAGAGAAGACUCUAAAAAUAGCAAAGAUGCUUUUGAGCCAGAAUGCCUUCAUCGUCAGAUCACUUAAUUUGGUUCUCAUGGUGUAUAUCAGCCUCGUGUUUGGUAUUUCACAUGAUUCGCCUGAUUACACAGAUGAAUCUUGCACUUUCAAGAUAUCAUUGCGAAAUUUCCGGUCCAUCUUAUCAUGGGAAUUAAAAAACCACUCCAUUGUACCAACUCACUAUACAUUGCUGUAUACAAUCAUGAGUAAACCAGAAGAUUUGAAGGUGGUUAAGAACUGUGCAAAUACCACAAGAUCAUUUUGUGACCUCACAGAUGAGUGGAGAAGCACACACGAGGCCUAUGUCACCAUCCUAGAAGGAUUCAGCGGGAACACAACGUUGUUCAGUUGCUCACACAAUUUCUGGCUGGCCAUAGACAUGUCUUUUGAACCACCAGAGUUUGAGAUUGUUGGUUUUACCAACCACAUUAAUGUGAUGGUGAAAUUUCCAUCUAUUGUUGAGGAAGAAUUACAGUUUGAUUUAUCUCUCGUCAUUGAAGAACAGUCAGAGGGAAUUGUUAAGAAGCAUAAACCCGAAAUAAAAGGGAACCUGAGUGGAAAUUUCACCUAUAUCAUUGACAAGUUAAUUCCAAACACGAACUACUGUGUUUCUGUUUAUUUAGAGCACAGUGAUGAGCAAGCAGUAAUAAAGUCUCCCUUAAAAUGCACCCUCCUUCCACCUGGCCAGGAAUCAGGGAGUCAGGAUUAAAUUCAGCGCUGUGUGCCCUUUGUGUGGCCAUUGCUGAAGCCAAAUGCCAGAAGAGGUGGAGUUCCUUGAGACAGUGGUAUACAGUGGCAUUAAGGGGUGAAAAGGCGGAAGCAGCGAGGUUGGGUGCAGUUCAUGGAUGUGAUCUGGCAUCAGCUCUCGCUCAUAGAUGAAAGGAACCCUUGCCAGGGUGUACGAGAAAAUCACUGAUGAAGGCUGAACACCUUUCUGUUACACAGACAUCAGAACAGUAAACAGUGUGAUCCCAAACCUUCUUCCCCUUUGGAGUGAGAACAAUGAAGCCUCGGAACUCCCUGCUGAUUGUUUUCUCAGGAAGUAGCCAAGUUUCCACCUGUUUUACCAAAAGUGAGAAGCUAUGCAAGUCUCCCUCAAAGAAGCCCUUCUAAAUGUCCCAACCGCAAUGUUAGGGGAAAGAGGUCCCAAUCCAUACCCCAAGAGAGGGUUCUUGGAUCUUGCGCAAGAAAGAAUUCAGAGCGAGUCCGUAAAGUGAAAGCAAGUUUAUUAGGAAAGUAAAGGAGUAAAGAAUGACUACUCUAUAGAUAGAGCAGCCCCGAGGGCUGCUGGUUGCCCAUUUUUAUGAUUAUUUCUUGAUGAUAUGCUAAACAAGGGGUGGAUUAUUCAUGCCUCCCCUUUUUAGACCAUGUAGGGUAACUUCCUCACAUUGCCAUGGCAUUUGUAAACUCAUGGUGCUGGUGAGAGUGUGGCAGUGAGGACGACCAUCUUGGUUUUGGUGGGUUUUGGCCGGCUUUACUGCAAUCUGUUUUAUCAGCAAGGUCUUUACCAACGGUAUCUUGUGCCAACCCCCUAUCUCAUCCUGUAAGUUACAAUGCCUAGACUGUCUGGGAAUGCAGCCCGAUAGGUCCCAGCCCCAUUUUACCCAGCUCAAGAUGGAGUUGCUCUGACUCAAAUGCCUCUGACACCAAUGGAAGUAUCUUUAAUGUUCUGAUUUACCAGAAUAAAAAUAAGGUAGGAUCUAUAAAGAAAUUACUUUAGUUGUAAACCAAAAUAAAAUUCUAAGCCCCCCAACCAACUGAAUGGAUCCCUCCUCUCAGCCAAGGGCCGAGUAAAGUAAAGUAAACCUGAAACACUAGUUCAGGCCAUGAUGGGAAUGAGUGGUCCAGACGUGCCUCACUGGACCUUCCUACCUUUGGAAUUCAGGCACAGCUGGCCAGCACUAAUAUUAAAACAGAAACCUUAAGACUGACAAAAAGAUGCUUUGUAGCACUAAUACCAGCAUGAUGGAUAGCAGGCCCUAAAAGAAACCAAAGUGUUUUACCCCAAAAUACAUUUCUUUGACAUAUUUUGAAAUGGCCCUGCAAAGCUGUCUCUUGCAGGGAAAAUCUGCUUUCUAUAAAGAACCCCCUUCCCAGUCCAGGUGUUCUUCCUGAUCCAAGAGAGAAUUCACUAAGAGUCUGGCACUUUUUUAAGUCCGGUAAGAAACAUUUACAGUCUGUUCUCUCUGAAGCCUGCUACCAGAGACUUCAUCUGCGUAAUAGGAACCGUGGCCUCCGCAACCCUUUGUCUUAACCCAGAUGCUUCCUUUUAUUAAUUCCAAGUUUUUAAUCAGAAAAUCUUUGAAUCUACCUAUGACCUGGAAGCCCCCCCACUUCGAGUUGUCCCACCUUUCCAGAUUGAACCAGUGUACAUCUUACAUGCAUUGAUUGAUGCCUUAUGUCUCCCUAAAAUGUGUAAAACCAAGCUGCACCCUGACCAAGGGUUCUCGGGAUCUCCUGGGGCUGUGUCAUGGGCCAUUGGUCACUCAUAUUUGACUCAGACUGAAUCUCUUCAAGUAUGUUACUGACUUUGGCUCUUUUCAUUGACAAAGUGAUAUGGUCACUUGUGAAUGAAGUGAGCCACGGAACGUUGCCUGGCACAUAACGGUGCUCUGUGUUGGAUUCACUACAGGGCAGUAUGAUUUGAUUCUGUAGUGUUCCUCAAGACCAGAUGAUGCACAGGCUGGUUCUAAAGGAAAAAACAUGUCAAACACCUUUAGCGUAAGUUAUUUUUAUGUCAGCAAAUACAGGCAAACUUAAAACUGCAUAUAGAUUCUGACUAUAGCUCUUUCAAAAAUAUACAUCCAAAAUAAAUGUGCAUGUCUUUGUUCUAACACCAGCUAUCUGACACUAACUAGUUGUCCAAUGAUUCCAUUCAUUUCUGAUACUACCCCAGGUUAGCACAGACCCCACAGGUUAAAGGCUCAGUCCCACAAAACUGCCUGCCCCCACUUCAGAUGCCAGCCACAAGUCAUGGGUGACAAGGUUCCCUGCACAAAUUCAGGAGUUCUCAUGACCUCCCUUUAGGUUUGAUAAUUUGCUAAAACGACUCACAGAACUCAGGAAAGUGUUAUGGCUUAUGAUUACCAUUUUAUUAUAAAGGAAUUGAUGGACAGCCAUUGAAGAGGUGCACAGGACAAGGUCUGAAAGGGUCCCAAGUGCAGGAGCUUCUGUCCCUGGGGAGUCAGGGUGUACCACCCUCUCUGUACAUUCAUAUGUUCAUGAAUUUGGGGACUCCCCAACCCUUGGUGUUCACAGUUUGUAUUGGGUUUCAUUAUGUAUGUGUGACUGGUUAAAUUACUGGCUGCAGGAUUGAACUCAGUCUCCAGCCCACUCCCCUCCUUGGAUAGAGGUCAAAUGGGGGAGCUGGAAGUUCCAACCGUCUGAUCAUGUGGUUAGCUUUUCUAGGGACCAGCCCUCAUCCUGAAGCUAUCCACACCCUGCCCCAUCACCUCACAAGCAUAAACUCAUAUAUGGCCCCUAAAAGGGGCUUGUUAACAAAAGACACUCCUAACGUUCAGGAAAUUCCACAGGUUUUUGAAGCUGUGCUCCAGGAACUAGGGACAAAGACUGGAUAUAUAUGUAUAUUUUAUUAUAUCAUUGAUCUUACAUACCAACGAAACUCUUAUAGACAAUAAAAACUGAAAUUAGUGACCUGGCA